GGCGUGUCCUGCCUCAAUCAGUUUAGCACAAUGAAAGAUCCCCGUUACUUUGCAGCGAAAGGUGAUCUGCCAUCUCUCUUUACAUUAUGAUGUUGUAGUGCUUCGUGGGGAGCAGCUGCUUUUGUUUGCGUUGCACUUUCUGUCGGUGGAAGUAACAGCAGGCCGCUCCAGUGCAUGCAUCAUAAUGCACCCGAUGCCUGUGUGCUCCAGUGGUGGUGGUGGAGACAUAUUUGACUGUAUACAGAGAGGAAAUAUUGAACAGUGUAUACACUUCGUCCAAAAUGACCGAUCAAUCCUAAAACAAAAAGGCUGGGGUGGAUUCACCCCGCUCCACUAUGCGGCUCUCCAUGGUAACCGAGCACUGGUUGAUCUUUUCCUAAGUAAUGGAGCUGAUCCUAACCUGACGUGUGAUGCAGGACAAACUGCUUUUCACUUUGCCUGCAGGCAAGGGAAUAUCUAUAUUAUACACCAAAUGAUGCAAUAUGGAGCUGAUUUGCGCAUCAUAGACUUGCAAGGAAAAACGUCAUUGCAUCAUGCAGUUACUGGAGGCAACAUUGUUGCAGUGCAUUAUUUGUGGGAGACUGGAAUGUUCCGGUUCUCUGACACAGACAUGUACAAGGUGACGCCUCUUCACCUGGCUGCAUCAACUGGCAACACAGAAGUGGUGCGAUACCUGCUCAGAGACCAGAGAUGUGCUGUGGAUGCUGUCGACCAGCAGGGAGCGACAGCACUUCAUGUUGCAGCAGAGAGAGGCGGAGUAGAGGUGUGCUGGACACUGCUGCAGAGAGCAGGAUGCAGGAUGCUCCAUCAGAAGAACCACAGCGGCCUCACACCGCUGGAUCUCAGCAAGCAGGGGAAAACAUUUAGACAUCAGCAACUUACCAAACUACUGAGUCGGUACAUUAAUGAGCCAGUACACCACAAGCCCAGAGAGUCUCAUGUUUUGUAUUACUGGACACUGUUUUUUCCAACCCUGAGUGGAGCUGCCAUUCUGCUCAUAGCUGCCAUGUUGGGAGGCUAUGGUGGGCUAAUAUGUGCUUUGCUUUUCCCUUGGUUGGCCAGAAGCAUCUUCACACAAUAUCAUCGCAUGACAACGUACCAAAGGUUACCAAAUCCAGUCUACUUGGGAACACUCAUAGCUGGUUUGUUCCAUUCCCUCCUGUGCUUUUAUGGAAAAAUAAUGCCUAAUAUCCUUAACAGCGCCUUGGUCCAGGUGUCAAUGGUCCACUUCUCCCUAGUCCUGUGCGUGUUUUGCAAAGUUCUGACUCAAGAUCCUGGGACGCUGGACAGAGCUGAUGCCGACCCUCGGUUUUCCUGUAUAGCUGACCUGGUGGAGAAUAACCAGAGCCCACAUAGAUUCUGCCCAUAUUGUGAGUUAUUUCAGCCGGACAACACUAAACACUGCAAGUUGUGUGACGUGUGCAUUAAAGACUACGACCAUCACUGCCUUUUCCUCAACCGGUGCAUCGGCCGGGCCAACCACCGCCUCUUCCUCUUCUUCAUCCUCUCCAUGGUGACAGCCCACCUUCUUUUUGUUGCCACAGCAACAAGUUACCUGUAUGACAAGAAGUCUCUGAGCAGUCACAGCUUGUCAGUGUGGAUUAAACUGGUGGGGGAGGAGUUCUGGGUUGUGGUCAUGGGGAUUAUGAACACACUGACGCUGCUUUGGGAGGUGUGGCUAUUGACUGAACAGUUUGACGCCAUCGCCACAGGAACAACCACCUAUUUCAGACAAUGUGAAUCAACGGCCCGGCAGAGAUCCCUAGUACAACGUUGGGUUACAGUAUUGUCUUUUAUGUUGGAGGGGAGAAGACGAGUGGGUAACGGACAAACAAGAGACAACAAAUCUGCCAUAGACAUUUAAUAAUACCAUUUGUCCUUAAAGCUUUAUUUGUAUCAUCACUCGCUUACAGAUAUAUACACUCUCAGUUUACAAAGUCUUGGUGUGCUCUCAAAUGUAAUUUUCAGAUUCAAUUCUCUAAUGCCAUAUAACAAGUUGUACUGUAAAACAAUGUAAGCUUAGUUAUACUUUAAUGUGAUAUUUUAAUAUACAGUAUAUCCACUAUACACUACAACAAGUGUUUGGUCCUACUAUGUUUUUAGACUUUAACCUAGUUUGUAGUGAUGUCACUAAGCAUUUUUAAAACGACAGUGUUUUUAAUGAACUUGUGAGUUUACAUUCAUUUGUGUAAAACACUGGUAAUUUCCAAAACUGUGUCUUAUCAGGUAUCACCGCUGAUACUAUAUGAGUGCUCACACCUGUUUUUAUAUUCCACAUCAGCAUACCUUUUUAACUUCAUUGUUACUGUUGUUUUAGAUUAAAGUUACACAUUCUGUAGAACAUAGGUCAAAGUUGUGAAGAAUUGUGUACUCAUAUUAUUAUCAAGUCCUGUGAUUAGCUACUGAUAAUACUUAAUAGCAGAUGCACUGAAGACUUUGUUCUCUAACAUAAUGUCAUUACCUCUGUGACCUGCUCACAGUCAUUUGUGCCAAGACACUUCCUCUGCUCUCGCUAAUGGGACAUAGUCUUUUCAUGCUUUCAAUUACACAUGCUCAUUUCCUAUGUGUCCCUCAGGACCAUAUUUCUAGAUUAUAGAUGAUGUUUCCCACACCCCUCAGAGGCUGGUGUGACUGGACUGUGUGAGGCUACAUCAUGGUGGUAUAAUGUAGUGUCUGGUGCACUGCCUGUUACUGUGUGCAUAUGGUGUGGUUGAUGAGUGCAUGUAAGCCUAUGAAACUGUGUUUACUGUGUUCUCUGUCCCUCAGUGUUAUUGUAAUAAAUAACGUCUAUAUUUUCCUGGUGACAUAGCUAACUGAGGUUUUCAGAUUAAUCCUCCUAUUUGUGCCAUUAUGUUUUAUGUUGUGGAAAAAACUAUGUUUAAUAAAUAAAUUCACUGAAAACUGUCA